AUGCCUGCCCUCAUAGUUCCGCCAGAUAUAGAAGAAGCUCGAAAAAACAUCUCAGAUCCAAUUCCAGCAACCGAGCCUAUUUCGAAUUUAAAACCAAACGUGAUUGUCGACAUUAAACAAGCUGAUAUUGAACUAGAUGGAUCGAUAAUAUCUCCAUUUAAUGCUAUGCGUCGAAUCAUUAAUGCUGAAGACAAUAAAUCAACACAGCUUAAUACCAAUGGCAAACCAACAUUCACACCGUUGCAACGUGCUUUUCAACGGAAAAGUAGCAACAAAUUGGCUCGUUUAGCUGCAUUGUGUGAAGCAAUAUCAUAUGCCAUUAAAUUAUGCUCCGAAUGCAUUAAUAUAGUUCGAUUUGGUGAUGGUCUUUAUUUAAAAGAACAUAUUGACGAUGUACAAAUUAAUUGGUUAAUGAAAUUCCAUGACAAUGUAAAAUUACUCAUCGAACGAGACAUUGCAAUGGCGCCCAAGUUUGGAACAGAUCAACGUCCAUUAAUUGUCGUUGAAAAACCAGCUGUUCAUGCCUCAAAUAUACUUUAUCAGUAUGCUUCAUCAACAAUUACGGCUCUCUUUGAUGGAACAGAAAUGAAUAUCAAUGAAGCAACAAAUAAUAAUGGCAAUCCGAUCGAUAGUAUAUCGCCUAACGGUGCUUUUUAUGAACACCAAGCGAUUUUGCUCAAAAUGACAUCACCAAUUCUUGUGCGAGCUUGGUUCAACAAUGAAAUUACUGGCCUUCCAUUCACGAAAACGUUUAACAAUUAUCGAAAAUCAAAAGGCAAAUUGCCAAAACUCAAUCAAGCUAUUAGUGAAUUAGUUCAAAAUGGUAUUCUUAAAAAGGGUAUUCAAAAUACUCGACAUAUUGUUGGUGCUCGUAAAGAAACUUACUUAAAAACAUCACCAGCUACGAUUCGUAGUAAUAUCGACAUGCUCAAUUAUCUUGCAUCAAUUGAUAUCGAUAUCGAUACUUAUGAACAUGUGUAUCUUUCAUCACCAUUACCAAUGAUCAUGGAAUUAACUACAUUUGCAACUAAUGCAAUUCUAUUCAACGAUGAUUAUAUUGAAUACUGUCAUUUAUUCAAUGAUGCUCGUAUAGAAAAAGAAAUGGAAGAGCGAUUGUCAAAACAUAUGGUUGAAUCCCGAAUGUUAUUUGGCCGAAAGCAAUAUUAUAUACCAUUGCUGUCUCAGAUUGCUGAACAAGAUAAUUUGAAUAUUGGAAACAAUCAACAAGAUGAUGAUGCUGGUCAUACUCCAACUAAUAACGAUGAUAAUAACAAUGACAGUGAUGAUAUUAAUACUCGUAAUAACAAUGAUCCACUAUCAACUUUUGUUUUCGAACCACACCGACCAGUUAAUAAUUCAACACCAAAUACGAUUUCAUCAUUUUCUGAAAGCUCUUCUGCUUCAUCUGAAAUGUUGAAUAAAAAUACUACUACUGCACCACAAUACAACAACUACAUUCACCGAACAACCGAAUCUGAUGACCAUCUUCCCAACGAAUUUCUUUCAUCAGUUGAUGAUAUGAUGAAUAAAUUAAUAAACGUACUUGACUAUAAUCCAACGGACACUAAUCAAUCAGGCUCAACACCGAAUCAAAUGGAAAAUAUUUUUGACAAUCCAACGUCUCCAUAUCGAAAUGAAUCAAACGGAAAUACACAUAGACAAAAUCAAAAUCGAUCAGUAUUAGUCACUAUGGAAUUAUCUAAUAACAAUAACAUUAAUGGUGGCAUUCUUUUACCAAUGGAGUCAACAUCAACUGAUAUGUCUACAUCAUUAGAAAAUAUGAAUUCUCAGCAAACAUUGGAGUUACUUUCUGGCCUACUUCGAAAUAAAAAGCAUUUAUUAAAACGAAUCUUAGACGAAGACAAGGAUGACAUUAAUCUGAAACGAGCAAGAAACAAUGAAAAUGAAGAAAUAGCAUCACCGUUUGUCAAUAUGAAUUUGAGUGAAUCGCUUUCGUCAACAUCUGCUCAAACACAAUCAAAUAAAGCUCCCGGUGCCAAUCAAAUUAUUGAUGAAGAUCUCAACGAAGCUUAUCAAAAAAUAAUUUUAAAUGAUACUGUUGUCAUGUCACGAUCGGACAUUUGCAACAAACUUAAACAUAUUAAAAACAUAUCAAAAUUACGUGAUAACAUAAUUUCGAACUUAGUUGCUGACGGAUUAUUGAUCAAAGGUGAUUGGUUCGGAUCGAAAAACGUAAAUGGUAGCAUUGAACUUUUACCCGGAUUUUUAAAAGCGUUUCCAAAAAACCAAGCACAAGGUCAAGUUGAUUUUGCUCGUUUAUUGGCUAAAUACAAAGUACAUUACAGUGAUUAUGAGCAAUCAUUCAAGAAAAAUAAAACCGACACAUUUCCACGAACACUUACUGCUGCUGAUGUUAAGCACAAAACAUGGCUAUUUUCAAAUGUAUUUGUUGAUGUUAUUGAAAAAAAUGGUUUCCUUUCCGAACGGUUAGUACUUGACCCAUCAGCUAUCGUUCAAGAAAACAAUACUCCACUUAUGCAUACAAAACGUGAUCGAAAGCCAAAAAAAGUUUAUUCGCCAUCGGACAACAAAAAAUAA